AUGUCUUCCGCAGUACCCCCUCCCCAUCGUCACCCACUGUGGGCUGGCUCAGGAACAGCCACAGCAGCCCGGUGUGGGGUACCACCUUCAUCACACGUCAGCAGCAGCACCCGCUGCCUCACCGAGAGCGCAGCCACUCUCACUCUCCUGGCUCCAUGGCAGCAGCAGUGCAGGGCACUGAGUGGUCAUGUGGGCGCUGCACCUUCUUAAAUGUCGGUGCAGCACCUCGCUGUUCCAUCUGUGAGGCACCACGUCAGAAGCCUGACCUUAACCAGAUCCUGCGGCUGAGCAGCACUGAGGAGCAUCGCUGGGCCUGCCCCCGCUGUACGCUCAAAAAUCCCCAGGGAACUGGAGCCUGCUCCGUCUGUGGCUUUGGACCAUCCCCUGCCACUCACACACCUCCUACCACCACCAUAGCUGCCACUGCCAAUGGCAUCCCAUCUGCUCCGCCCGAGCCCCCACCACCAACUGUCACCCCCACAGUGCUGCUAGAGCCCCAUGGACAGCAUCCAACAAAGGAGGAGGUGCUGCGACGGUCUGAGAGCAACGGAGAGGUGGGUAGCUUGGAGGUACAGCGCUUGGGCUGGGCUUGUCCUCGCUGCACACUUCACAACACACCUGUGGCUUUUUCAUGUUCAGCCUGUGGUGGGCCCAGGAAACUGUCUCUGCCUAAAAUCCCCCCUGAGGCACUGGUGGUACCUGAGGUGCGCACACCCGUGCUGGGGUUUCCUGUUCACACAGCAGGGGCUGCUCCUCUACUCAUAGACCUAACAGAUGACUCUCCACCAGCUCCACCCUGUGAUCCUCAAGAAUCCCCACAUGUCUCCUCCCCUUUUACUGCUUUCUCCUCCCUGCAGAACAACCCUGUGCCCCGCAGCAGGAGAGAGGUGCCACCUCCAGGGCGCCCACCAAACACAGGCACCAACACCCCCAGUCCAACUUCCCCUUCAGCAGUCAGUGUGCCACCACAACCAUGCCCACAGCGGCCAGCCAAGCCAAAACAUGCCCAACCCCAGGAACCUUCAUACCCCAGCAAGCGCCUCAGCAUCUUGGAGGAAGAAGACCCUCAGCACCACCCACUGACCCCCCACAUCCCUGUGGCUUCCUCAGCUGCCCCCACCUGGAAGUGCCCUAGCUGCUCAAUGCCCAACCCAGGUAGCUCAUCUAAGUGCGAGGCCUGCCGAUCAUCACGGGCCGGUGCUGACCUCAUUGACCUGGUAGGAUGUGAGACGGUACGAUUUACCCCAGCCAGCCCAUCCAGUCCGGACUUUAGCACCUGGGCCUGCUCCAAAUGCACGCUGCGCAACCCUACAGGUGCACCCAAGUGCUCUGCCUGCGGUUCUUCCAAGCUGCAUGGCUUUCAGGAACAACAGGCACCCCUGCCCCGCUGUUGUACACACUGUGCUCUCCCACUGGGGCCUGGCACUGCAUCAUGUUCUUGUACACCCUCCUCUACUUCAUCCUCGGGUCAUAAAACACGGAAACAGUCCCGGGGCUUCCCUUCCUCCUCCUCUGCUAUUACCUCUUCCACGUCCUCUUCCUCCUCAACCUCAUUGAGCCUUCAGGAGAAGGUAGGACAGUGGAGCUGCCCAGCAUGUACACUGCUCAAUGACAUCAAGGCCAAGAACUGUGCAGCAUGCCACACGCCCCAGCAGUAUCUCACUCUUCGCAAGGUGGUAAAGCCUCUGAAAAGGAGGGAGAGUAUGCAUGUAGAGGCCCGUCGACGAAAUGAUGAGGGCGAGGCCAAGGAGCUUUGGGAGAACAUAGUCAGCUUCUGCAGAGAGAACAAAGUGAACUUUGUGGAUGACAGUUUCCCCCCUGGACCUCGCUCUGUGGGCUUCCCUGAGGGCGACAGUGUCCAGCAGCGAAUCAAAAAGUGGCUGCGACCCCAUGAGAUCAACUGCAGCAACUUCAAAGACAGAGGCGUCAAGUGGUCCGUCUUCCGCACGCCGCGGCCCUCUGACAUCCUGCAAGGCCUGCUCGGAAACUGCUGGUUCUUGAGUGCACUGGCAGUGCUGGCAGAGCGUCCAGAGCUGGUGGAAAGGGUUAUGAUCACCAGGACCAUUUGCCCAGAGGGGGCCUACCAGGUCCGGUUAUGUAAAGAUGGGACAUGGACGACAGUGCUGGUGGAUGACAUGUUGCCGUGCGAUGAGUAUGGCUACCUCCUCUUCUCACAGGCCCAGCGGAAGCAGCUGUGGGUGGCACUGAUUGAGAAGGCUCUGGCCAAACUCCAUGGCUCCUACUUUGCCUUGCAAGCAGGACGUGCCAUCGAGGGCCUUGCAACACUAACAGGGGCUCCCUGUGACUCCCUCAUGCUCCAGGUCAGCUCCACCAACCCCCGGGAGGAACCCAUUGAUACAGACCUAAUCUGGGCCAAGAUGCUCAGCUCCAAGGAGGCUGGGUUUCUGAUGGGUGCAUCCUGUGGGGGAGGCAACAUGAAGGUCGAUGAUGCCGUCUAUGAGUCAUUGGGUCUGCGGCCUCGACAUGCGUAUUCCAUCUUGGAUGUACGAGAUGUCCAGGGUUACAGGUUGUUGCGGCUGCGGAACCCAUGGGGUCGCUUCUCGUGGAACGGCAGCUGGUCAGACGAGUGGACGGACUGGCCACAGCACCUGCGUCGUGAGCUGAUGGCUCAUGGCAGCAGUGAAGGUGUCUUCUGGAUGGAGUACACAGACUUUAUAAAGUAUUUUGACUCAGUGGACAUCUGUAAGAUCCACUCAGACUGGCAGGAGGUGAGGCUUCAGGGCUGCUUCCCCAGCAAGGCCAGCGGGCCAGUCACCGUCACAGCCCUCACUGUGCUAGAGAGGACGGCACUGGAGUUUGCUCUUUUCCAGGAAGGAAGCAGGCGUUCAGACACAGCCGACAGCCACCUACUGGACCUGUGCAUUAUGGUGUUUCGUGCCUCCUUUGGCAGCGGAAACAAGCUGACCCUGGGCCGCUUGUUAGCCCACAGCAAGCGAGCAGUGAAGAAGUUUGUUGGCUGUGAUGUGAUGCUAGAGCCGGGGGAGUAUGCUGUUGUCUGCUGCGCCUUCAACCACUGGCAGAUGAACAUCAGCGGGACGGGAGGUCCACCCACACCCAUCGCAAGCCCUACCAGCGGAGCAGCACAACGGCCCAGCCAGGAUUUCCCUGGCUACAUCCUCGCCAUUUAUAGCUCCAGACAGGUGAUGGUGGAGCAGGUGGAAGCAAUGGCCACCACACUGGCCGACGCCAUCAUCCUUCUCACAGAAAACAAAGGGGAAAGACAUGAGGGCCGUGAAGGCAUGACAUGCUACUACCUGACCCAUGGCUGGGCGGGGCUGAUCGUGGUGGUGGAGAACCGCCACCCCAAAUACUACCUCCACGUCUCCUGUGACUGUACUGACAGCUUCAAUGUGGUGUCCACACGCGGCAGCCUCAAGACCAUCGACAGUGUACCACCUUUGCACAGGCAGGUGCUGGUGGUGCUUUCACAGCUGGAGGGAAAUGCCGGCUUCUCCAUCACACACCGCCUGGCUCACCGCAAAGCAGCCCAGGCUUCACUAGGAGAUUGGAUGCCCACCAAGGCCACCCACAGCCCCCAGCUCACCCCAGACAUUGAUGGGCUGCAUCGGCCGCGGGCGCUCACAACACCC